GUUACGAAGGGUCACUUUGAGCUCAGCAUUCAUGAGCGUGACUAUAACAACUGAUGAAUAGAAACAUCGCCGGAGGUCAUUGGCGUGAAAGCAGUAGAGUAGAGAACAAGCCAAUGCGAUGGUGCAAGACAGCACAGCUGCUCUGAGGGGCAAACGCAACAGAUGAGCAGAUAGACACAGCUGCUGCUCUACUGACUUACAAACGCUGCUCUGGAUAACCGACAAGAAUGAACACAAACGACGCGAAGGAUUACCUCUCCAAACGACAGAUCCCACACCUUUUUGAGAGCAUGUUAACAGGGCUGAUGUACCACAGGCCCGAGGACCCUUUGGCAUUCUUGGAGAGUUGCCUGCAGAAAACACGAGACCUCGGGGGUCCUGAAUGUGUGGCCUGGGACACUUUCAUUACAUCUGAUCGAAAACCUCUACCACCAAUCACCCCUGCACAGGGAAAGAAAGCCCCCUGCAAACUUGACAGUGGUCCUGGUCCAGGCCCCGGACCUUACCGUCGAUAUGACAGGCUGCCACCAAUCCAGGCCCAGUUCUCCAUAGAAAGUGACUCAGAUAUGACGGAGUCCUCAGGACUCAUACAGGAAUAUGAUGUCUUUGACCCAUCAAAACCACGACCACACAUCAUAUUCAUUAUAGGUGGACCGGGCAGUGGGAAGGGCACUCAGACAGCUAAACUUGCACAUCACUAUGAUUACGAGCAUGUGUCUGUGGGGGAAAUUUUAAGGAACCAGUUGCUGCAUCAUGCUCCCAGUGACAGGAAAUGGGAGCUGAUUGCUCAGAUUAUUGCCAAUGGAGAACUGGCACCUCAGGAGACAACUAUUGAAGAGCUGAAACAUCAGUUUAUCAAAAAGCAGGAUGCUAAAGGAUUCAUUGUGGAUGGAUUCCCCAGAGAGAUCUCACAGGCGUUCACCUUUGAGGAGCAGAUUGGCUCCCCAGACUUGGUGAUCUUGCUUGCCUGCUCCAAUCAGCAACUCCGGCAGCGUCUAGAGAAAAGAGCAUCCCAGCAGGGCCGUCCCGACGACAAUACUCACGCUAUUGAGAAGAGACUAGAUACAUUUAAACACAAUAUCACACUCAUAGCCAAGUACUACCAGGAGAGAGGGCUUAUUUUAAGGGUUGAUGCUGAUCGAGAAGAAGAUGACAUUUUCACAGACAUUUGUACCAUUGUCAAGGAGAGACUGUUCCCUAGUGACACAAAUGCAAGCAGUACUGAAGAUCUUUAGAGGAACGUCUAAACAUCAAAACAGCUGCUGCCAUUAAAUCCAAAAUGUCAAAAGCAGCAAACAUUUUAUUGUAGAAUAAUUUUUCAUCAAUAAACUUGUGGGUCAGAGUCGAGGAUCAGGGAAAAGAGUAAAGAAAGAAAUAUAAUAUACUGUAUAUUUUACACUUGUUGUUGCCUCUAUUUGUACUUCACUGCGAAUCUUCUCUGUACAACUUUUUCAGUAAUUUAAUAAGAAUGACUUUUUAGAGCAGAACAUUUUUUCAGAUUUUGUUUUUGAAUUUUAAUGUUUUGACUUGAUAUUAUUAAUGUAUAUUUGGAGCUCAGGCCAGAAAUAAUGUGAGCUGCUAAAAAACCCACCAAAGUAUAAAAUAAUAUCAAAUGUUUUCAAACAACUUACCUUACCUAUUCCUGCAAAAACAUUAAAUGGAUUAAAUAAUUACUGAUUAAUAACUUAUUCACUUAUGAACACAGUGUUUCUUGUUUUAUCUUACUCCACAAUAUGAGCACAUUAAAACGAGACAGAGAGAGAGAGGGGCACUACAGACAUGUCCUCUGGCUGUGUUCUCAUUACUAGAUGUUCAUUCCAGCUGUGCCACUUUUUCACAGUAGGACAUCAGUGAAUUUAGACUCUCUGCCCUUGCUGACAGACCUUGACCAAUCACGCAAGUGCCAAAAUGCUGUUACUUUAAAUAUUAGUGGGAAAAGUAGUAAAGUCUAUUAAACAUCAAUAUCUGUUUCAUGUAAUCUCUACACUGACAUUGCUUGAACAUUUCCUGAACACAAAUUCACAAUUGAGCCACUAGAUGGCAGGCUUUUAUUCCUUAAAAAUAAU